AUCGCCGAAGCGAUAUCUUUCAAAGCUUCUCGAUAAAAAAAAACAACAAUUUUCUUAUAUUGACACAAUUGUCAUCUUGUUUUUUUUUUGUAUUUGGAUUUGACUCAACAAUAAUCAGUAAAAGAAACCUUGCCAAGACAAGACAAGGGCAAAUAUGAGGUGUGCAGUGUUCUUUUGUCUCCUAAUUGGGGCAUGGAUCAACUAUGGUUCUGGCGUUGAUCCAACGAAUUUCAAGACCUGCGAGCAGAGCAGUUUUUGCAGGCGAUCUCGCAAAGUGCAGAGUUCGGGCAGCAAAUAUUCUCUUAUAUCGGGCACAUUGAACACUUACAGCGAUUCAGUGACUGCUGAUUUGUUGAAUAAAGAGAACCAUCAUCAGUUCACAUUCAAGUUGGAGGCUUUAGUGGGCAGCACAUUCCGACUGCAGAUUGAUGAGAAGACACCUUUGCGUCCACGCUAUCGUGUUGAGCACGCACUGAAGGCACAACCAAAGACGGUUACCAUACGUGUUCAGGAAUCAGAGGGCGAGUUGACCGUAACGUCUGGCCACUCAAAGGCGGUCAUACAUGGUGAUCCGUUCCGCAUUGAUUUCUAUGAGAACGAUGUUCAUGUUGUCUCGGUAAACGCUAAGAAUUGGCUGUACUUUGAGCACUUGCGGCAGAAGACACAGGAACAAGCUUUGCCAGAUAGUGGCGAUGAAUCGCAGCAGCAACAGAAUGUAGAGGUCCCGGAGACAUUGGAUGAACCUGGCUCGUGGGAAGAGAACUUUAAGUCCCAUCACGAUAGCAAACCCUACGGACCCGAAGCCGUUGCUCUUGAUUUCUCAUUCCCCGCUGCCGAAAUGCUCUUCGGCAUACCAGAACAUGCCGAUAGCUUUGCUCUUAAGUCCACCUCGGGCACGGAUCCGUAUCGUCUGUACAAUCUCGAUGUCUUUGAGUACAUUGUGGAGAGCAAGAUGGCACUUUAUGGCUCCGUACCUGUGCUUUACGGUCAUGGCCCUCAGCGCACUGCCGGCGUCUAUUGGCAGAAUGCUGCCGAGACCUGGGUGGACAUCUACACCGCAGAAACGAAUGUGGUCUCCUCGCUGGUGAACUUUGUGUCGGGCUCACGCAAAUCAACUCCACCGUCAGCGCACUUUAUUUCAGAGUCGGGAAUUGUCGAUGCCUUUAUAAUGCUUGGUCCGCAGCCCAUGGAUGUGUUCCAGCAGUACGCCGCCUUGACGGGCACACAUGAGCUGCCGCAAUUGUUCUCGCUGGCCUACCAUCAGAGCCGCUGGAAUUACAACGAUGAGCGCGAUGUGACCACCGUGUCGGCCAAGUAUGAUGAGUUCAACAUGCCCAUGGAUACUAUGUGGUUGGAUAUUGAGUAUACCGAUGGCAAGCGUUAUUUCACCUGGGACAAAUUUAAGUUCCCCGAACCGUUGACUAUGAUCAAGAAUCUUACCGAACUAGGACGUCAUUUGGUUGUGAUUAUCGAUCCGCACAUUAAGCGCGACAACAGCUACUUCUUCCAUUCGGACUGCACGGAGAAGGGCUAUUAUGUGAAAACACGCGAGGGUAAUGACUACGAGGGCUGGUGUUGGCCCGGCUCUGCCAGUUAUCCGGACUUUUUCAAUCCCGUUGUGCGUGAUUAUUACGCCAGCCAAUAUCAUCUGUCUAAAUUCAAGACUGUCACCGAGGAUGUGAUGAUCUGGAACGAUAUGAACGAACCGUCUGUUUUUAAUGGUCCCGAAAUUACCGCACCCAAGGAUCUGAUACACUAUGGAAACUGGGAGCAUCGCGAUGUUCACAAUCUCUACGGUCACAUGCAUCUCAUGGGCACCUUUGAUGGCCUGCAAAAGCGCGAUCCCAACCAGCGCCCCUUCAUCUUGACACGUGCCCAUUUCGCGGGCUCGCAGCGUUAUGCCGCUAUUUGGACAGGCGAUAAUCUGGCGGAUUGGUCCCAUUUGCAGCAUUCGAUCAAGAUGUGCCUGACGGAAGCCGUCGCUGGCUUCUCGUUCUGUGGCGCCGACGUCGGUGGCUUCUUUGGAAAUCCAGACAGCGAACUGUUAGAGCGGUGGUAUCAAGCCGGCGCUUUCUUGCCCUUCUUCCGUGCCCAUGCUCACAUCGAUACCAAGCGCCGUGAGCCAUGGCUCUUCCCAGAGCGCACUCGCCUCAUUAUAAGAAGUGCAUUGCUUAAGCGCUACAGUUAUUUGCCGUUGUGGUAUACAAGUUUCUAUGAGCUGGAGCAGACUGGUGCCCCAGUAAUACGUCCACUGUUGGCCCAUUAUCCACAGGACAAGGAAGCGUUCGCCAUUGACAGCCAGCUGUUGGUGCAGCAGCGUCUAUUGGUGCGUCCAGUUAUGCAGCAGGGCGUUAGCAAAGUGGAUGUGUAUUUCCCAGCUAUUGAUGAUAAAAAGAAUGGUGAUUAUUGGUAUGAUGUCGAUACAUAUCAGCGUCAGGAGCGCACCGGCUACGAGUCAAUACCAGUUACCGAAUAUAAAAUACCAGUUUGGCAACGCGGUGGCAGCAUUGUGCCCAAGAAGGAGCGUCUGCGCCGUUCGUCUGCUCUCAUGCUGAACGAUCCGUACACUCUGGUCAUUUGCCUGGAUCGUCAGGGCAAGGCUGAUGGCACUCUAUAUCUGGACGAUGAGAAAUCCUAUGCAUACCGCGAUGGUCAAUACAUCUAUGUGAACUAUGAGUUUGCCAACAAUCAGUUGACCAAUCGUUUCACUGGCAAGCCCAAAUAUAAAUCAGAUGCCUGGAUCGAGCGCAUCGUCAUCGCUGGUCUUAAUCGUGUGCCCAGCAGCGCCACAAUCACUGUGAGUGGUGUUGCCCAACAGCUGGAGGUGGAACAGCGUGAUGCAGCUGUCUAUAUACGCAAACCGUCUAUCAAAAUGGAUGUUGAUUUUGCUCUCAAGCUCAACUACUAAUUUGGUAUUAUAUAAAGUAACGCAUAAAAGAUAUUCACAUAUUCCACCUGAUAACACAUAACAGGAUAUGAUUAAAAAAACAUUGUACGAUUUAGUUGAUAGUUAACUUUGUCAUAUCCAAAUUAUAACAAUUAUGUUGGCUGAUAGGCCGAUGUGAAAUUCAAUUUCAAUAAAUCACACUGUGCGCAAAAGUUCUCGCUAAGCUCUGUCCACUGUGA